GACAUGGGGCACUCACGUGUUGGGAAUGGCAGCUAUAAUAAUGCCAAUUUCAGUGGCCCUCUCAUCGUUUGGCGCUGGCAAUGGAUCGUGUUUUACGAGUGGGAGGUUGGCGUUUGUGGCGGCACGAGAGGGACAUUUAAUAGACGUGCUGUCAUUCGUCGAUUACGAGCGAUUCACUCCAUCCCCGGCUCUCAUAUUCAAUGCAUUCCUUUCAAGUAAAUGUGAAAUGAAUUGA